AUGGAAGAUUACGGAGUGGUUCUUGGGGUCCGUGCUCAAGAUAGCAUUACUGUUUAUAGCUGUAAAACGGGAGAAAUCGUUGAAGGCCCGAUAGCUCGGGGUAACAUCGGUGACUGGGUUGAACUGAAAGCAACGGAGAAGUUUUAUAAGUUAGCAGAAACUGUUUGCCCGGUGGAAGUAAAUAAAGGAAUCAUAAGAGCUAGAACCUUUCUGGCGAAACCUCAUGAAGCAUUUUUCGAUUUGCCACAGUUUGCCCAUUUGAGACAGGACAGAAACCGCAUAGCCAUAUCUGCCCAUUUCGGAAUACUCCCUUUGGAAGAGGAAAUGAGUGAAGGAAAGCUUUAUGAAUGCGCACUACUCUGUUCUCAAAGUUCGACUACGACCCCAGGUUGCUCACAAACUGCUCAGAGUCCUGUUUUGAACGCAUUAUGGAAGAUUGAGACUGUGUUAGGUAGUCAAGAGGACUCAGAUGCUAUAGAAGCUGAAACGCGUGCAUUUAAAAGAAAGUUCGGCAUUCCGUUUUACUUCUUCACCGGAGAGGCUGAUGAGUUGACGGGACCUAUUUUUGUAACUGAAGAUGUUCCUAAACUUCCUGCUGAUGACAUAGCUCAUCUUUCGUUGAAGACAAUCCGAGAUUGUACUGAGGUGAUGGAUGUAAUACAGGAGAUUGAUCCGGAAGCAUUUGCUUACCUCAAGCAAGUGGAUAAGUUCUUUCCUUUGAAAUCGUAG